ACAACUACAUUGAUCGCGUGUUAUUAUUACUAUAGAUUAACGCCAUGAAAUCAAUAACAAUUAUAUUUAAUAUUUAUAAUAUUAUUUUUAUCAUUAGCCUUGUUGCAUUAGAACAAUUAGUUAUUGGUGCACCAAUCGAUGAAACUUAUCGUUUCAAUAUUACUGAUUGUCCAAGGAUUAUUACAAGAGAUGAAUGGAAAGCUCGUAAACCAUUAAAUGAAGAACAACUCGAACGUACACCAACACCAUACGUUGUCAUUCAUCAUGGUGGAAUUCGUCAUUAUUGUCACGAUCAAGAAAAUUGUAGUAAAAUAGUUAAAUCUUAUCAAGAUUUCCAUAUCGACGUUAGAAAAUGGUUCGACAUUGGUUAUAGUUUCGUCAUAGGUGAAGAUGGAAAUAUUUAUGAGGGUCGUGGAUGGAACAAAGUUGGAGCUCAUGCACCUGGAUACAAUUUUCAAAGUAUUGGCAUUUGUAUUAUUGGAGAUUUUUCUGAUUUCCUUCCAAAUGCAGCAGCCCUCAGUGCAUUAAAUUCUCUCAUCUCGUGUGGUGUCAAAUUAGGAAAAAUAAAAUUGGAUUACAACGUAAUUGGUCAUCGUCAAGCACGUGAUACAUUGUGUCCAGGUGAUACAUUUUACAAAUACGUUAUGGCACUUCCACAUUGGACAUCACAUCCAACACCUGACAAAACUCGAAUUACCACUACUAAUGCUACACUACUUAAGGUACCUGAAGGAAAUAAUCUUGAUGAUUAUAACACUAAUAGAACUGUAAGACUAUGAAAUAUAAUAUUAUUAUAUUUCUUUGAAAUAAUUUAUUAUUAAUUAUUUGCUAAAUAAUAAUAGAAUAUCAUUUUAGUACAAAAUAUUCGUAUUAAUUUUUAUAUGCAAUACUAAUUCAUAAAUCAAUACGAAUCUUUUGAAUUAUCCAUUGUACAACCGUAUUGCUACCUCUAGUAAUUUUUAUACAUAUUAUUUUGUGUUCUUUAUUGAAUCAAAACAGGGUACUUAAAAAUAAUAAUAUCUUUCUGAUUACCAUGUAAUUUAGAAAUAAACCAUUAAUGUAUCAUCGAUUAACUUUAAUAUAACAACAUGAAUUAUAUUCUUAUGAAUAAAAUUACGAGAUAAAAAUAAAAAGAAAGUUCCUUCAAAUGUUUGAUCAACGUUGAACAAAUAUUAUUACUGUGCGUAAUAUAAUCGUGCUGUCAAGUGUUCAAAUUUUUAUUAUUAUUAUUAUUAUUAUUAUAAGGAAGUGUGUUAAAUAGAAGACACCAUUUGUAACGAAAGAAAAAAAAAGAAUUAAAUAAAUAUAAAAAACGUUCGAUAAAGAAAAACAACUUAAUAUCAAUUGGGAAUCCCGUAUAGGAAAUAAUAAUUAUAUAUACAUACCACAUUCAU